AUGGCAAGCCUACGUGGACGUCUUCGCAAAGCUCGAAAACGGAUCACAGCGUGCUAUUUUCCGUUGUCGAGGCGCUCGCGGAAGAUCAGCAAUGAUGCGGAUGUGUACGUAUCGGCUGCUGGAUCGUGCCAACACCAUCCACACUAUCAAAGCCCCAGUGAAGUUGGACAGUCAUGCCGGGGAAGUAUCAAUCUUCAAGAAGCACGUAUUCUCUCUGAUAAGAUAACGAACAAUAUUGUCAUAUCAGCGUCAUCGCAGACGUUUCACUUGAAAGCUGGAAAUGACGUCGAUCGACAAAAGUGGCUAAGUGCUUUGGAAUACUCUCGUCAUAAAGCUAUAAGGCAAGCUGAAAGUGAUGAAGAUGAGGAUGCACACAUUGGCACUGGAGAGUCCCACAAACAUGGAGACGAACUGAUUCGAUGUGUAAACGAGCCAGAAAUCGAUAGGAAGACACUAUCUGAAAGGGCGGCUCUGCUCAAGGUGUGA